CCAGCGGUAGGGGUUUUGGUAUUAGCUAGGUGGGGCCAAAAUGGUCAGUUAUUAAAUGUGUGAACAAUAGAAUUUUGAAUUUUUUUCUUGAUAACUAUAUGCAGUAUACCUUUCAAUUUUUUUUUUUCAAAUUUGGUAUGAAGUAUCUUUGGAACAAGGGGGACAUAAAUUGUAAAUGUCAGGAUUUCUGCACCCUGGGGCCUUAGGGGUAAUACAAAAACUGCCCAAAAUUUAUCGAGUUUCAAAAAUCUUUUUCUCUAGAACUACACAUGUUUAAGAUAAACUAAAUACAUAGCAAUGUAGAGCAAGAAGGCCUCUGCCAAAAUUGUAAAUUUCAUGAUCCCCGGGUUAGGGGUUUUGACCCCAGGGCAGAGUCAAACUUAGUAUAAAGUGCUUGUGUGUAAAUUUAAACAUUUAAUUAACAUCUUCUUUAAUGCUAUUGAUACUAAAUUAAAACUAAAUGGAUAGUUAGAUGAAGUAGGUAGUCCUAUAUCUAUAUUGUAAAUUGCAUGAUCCUAACUAGAAGAGUAAGGGUCUGGUUUCAGGGUGGUGUCAAAAUUAUAAUAAUGAUUUGAAGGACAUAUUUAAGUUUGCUGAUACUUUAUAAAAUCUAAAUGCAUACUUAGGAAAAGCAGAAAAGGAUGUACAAAAACUGGUGAAUUUCACAACCCAGGGUUUUGACUCGGGGAUGCGUCCAAAUUAGUCGUAUCUUUUAAUGUUGAUCCACAUAUUAUGUGAAGCCUUUCAUUAGUGUAUGCACUUUUGAGGGCAGUGAAGUUUUAAGAACUGUCAUCUUAAUAUUUUAUACUGUUGCUGAAUAUUAGAAUUUAGUUUAGAUAUUCAGAACAGGAAUUUUUAUUUUUAGAUAGCCCUUGGUAGAAGUGAUACUUUUCAUUAGUACUCAGAUGACCAAUAAGGCCUGUGGGCCUCUUGUUUAAAAUGGGAAUUGUUGUAGAGCUGUAUGGUAAUUGCAUUUGAACAAUUUGAUGUUUUAUUUUACACUGAAUAUUAAAUUGCCCACGUUUCCUAUGUAAUCCUUAUUGUCUAAAGAACUUAAAAAAUAGGAUCCACCCCCUAUGUACAAAGUGCGGCUUUCGUUAGGUUUGGAUAUUAUGACGAACCGCACAAAUUAAUUUUAAUACUAUAUAAAAUAUUUUAAAAAUUUGUAAUAUAACAUAUAACAUUUUUUUUGUUUCUUUACAAAUUUAAGCAUUGUGACUUUUAGACAUUUGGAGAGGAAAUUGAAAACGAAGCUAUGCUAGAUUCUUUUUAUGGUAGUAUUCUUUCGAUUUGUCUUUCUUUUGAUUACGGGGAUGAAAUGGUGAUUUCUUGUUUGUUUCUUUUUAAAAAGUGAUGUAUGUAAGUAAGACCAUGUUUGAUAGGCCUGGCAUAUAGAUUAAUUAUACACUUGUAUAUUGUUUAACAUCCCCCUCAAGAAUUUUUCACUCAUUGAAAUGUCAAAUUUCUACUAGAUAAUAGAUAAAAUUUAUAUAGCACGUUAUAUAAAACAAAUUACUCUAAGGCACUUUACAAGGGUAGCGAUGCAUGAGAAAUGCAAAAAAAUAAAAAAUAAUAAUAAUAAAACCAAAAAACACAAAAAAACCGCUAAAACUGAACAAAAACAAAACAAAAAAACCCCAACAACACAAUUAUAUAUAUAAAUGAGAAAAAAAAUGACAAUACGACAUAAAAUCUUAUGUCUUUAACGUAGUUCCACACUCCUGUGAUAUCAUAGGAUUUUGCAAAGUCAAUGAUUUAAUGACAGGAACAUAAAUUUUGUUGGAAUCUUUUUCAAUAGUCAUUGUAAAAAAUCUUGUUAGCCAUAGAAUAUUUCAAAAGUUUUAGUUAUAUUUGAAUAGUCAAUGAUAUGUUUCAAAAUAUUGAAUCCAAGGACAAUGACUCUGUUUUCAUUAAAUUAUUUAUCAAGUCCAUAAUGCGAUAGAUUUCCUUUAUUUUUGACAAACAUUUUACCAAGGUGAUAAGGAAUCAUUAUCUGUGUCUUUUCAUGAAAUUACAUUAAAUUUUAAUCCUGAGUGAUUUUAAAUACCUCAGCUGUAUGUACGUGCCAGACUUCAGUUUUUUAUGGGGAUACACAUAAUCUCAAAGCUAUAGAUUUGAAAUUAUUAAAGAAAGGUAUGGAUUUUCCCCAUAAAUAAUUAUAACAGAUGUAACUUUACUAAUAUAAACAGAAAAAAUGUGAUGUAAACCAUGCUAUAAAGAAAAUGUGUCCACAUUUGUUUGUUUUUCAACAUUUUGGAGAAUAACGCUAAUAAUUUUGCACAUAUUAUUCUAAAACUUGAUGAACAUAUUGAAAAUGACAUGUGUUUUAGUUAUUGACAUGUUUCUCGAUAAAUAAAUGCAAUUCAAAAAAUAUUUUGUUGUUUUUAUAUUAAAAUAACAACAAAUAACUGUUUCCAAUGAAUUUCAUAAAAAUCUACAUCGGGAUACAUGACUUUAUAGUGGUGUAUAUAAUGAAAAUUGAUAUGGAAAUCUUGAAUUGUUUUGCCUUUUUUCAUUACUCUGAAUGUUAAUUUAUUGAUUCCAAAAAAAAAAAAAAAAAAUGCUACCUAAACCCUCAAAAUCCAGGACUAAGGACCCAUCUUAAGAUUAUCAAAAUAAAGCAUAAUAAGAUUGAUAGUUUCAGGGGUUUUUUUGUUUUUGGUAGAACAUUAUGCAAGAUGUCUAAAAAAGUGCUCUAAAAUGUUACUUUAAAAGUAGAUAGAUGUACAUAGCAGAGAAACUGCCGUAGUUAUACCCCACUGUUGUUUUUAGAUGCCAUUUAAAUUCCAAAAGAACCGUGGACAGUUGUUUUGCCUAGUCAAACAGAGUUACGUCCCCCUUGCUUUGCCGUCCCUACAAUCUGUCGGAGUUGAGCUAUUUCAAAGUUAAUCUUUAAAGGGCAAGGGAAUGCACAGCCUACACAUAUUUUCUGUCAUUUGACAAACUUCAAACUUAACCUUCAAUAACUAAGUUUACAAUAUUUUGAUCUAUAAGCUCCUUCGAAGGCAAGAACUAAGAUGGCUGCUUCACAGCUAUAGACAAUUUGUCGUGGUUGCUAAGUGUAUCAUUGUGUGGCUCAGUUGACUUGUAUUUUUCAGAAUUUGUGUACAUUUUGAUAAAUGAAGUUUACUACUUUUGUAUGUACUAUUGUUUACAAUUGCACUUGUUACUAGUAUAUAUACUAUUGUUUACAAUCACACAACUUCAUUUGAAAAUCAUUUCUUGACCUUGACUUAUCCACUCUGUUUUAGAUAACCACAGUAGGAAGAAUCACAACAGGAAGUGGAUAGAAGGAUGAAGAUGUGGAGGAAGUGGAUCGUGUUCUUUACAGUUUGUCAAAAUACACUCUGUAUUGAGCAACCAUAUCAACUUGUUGAUGUGAACACCAGGUGUUUUGAGAUUAAAGUGGAGUCUCGCCUGAACUGUAAUAAUGAAAGUCUAUUCUAUCACUGUCUUUUGGAUGAAAAUUACACCAAGGAGUAUGAGGUUUGCAGAGAGUGGAAGUGGAUUUCAGAAGGUAAAUGUGCAUAUUUUAACCCUUAUGGAAGAGGGAAUGUUGACGAGAGAAAUUGUGCAGGAAAUUCAACUAAAAAAUGUGCAACAGAGGUGUACCGCUCAGAUUUGAAUAUGCAGUAUGAUGCUUGUUAUGUGAAGAAAAGAAUUGCAAUCACAAUCCCAAUUGUACCAGUAACUGUAAGAUCAACAGGUAGUGGAACUUCAGAUGUACAAAGCACAACAGAAACAGCACCGGCAGAAUCAGCACCACCAGAAUCACAGUUCAAUAGCAGUGCUAUGGGAAUUGCUCUUGGUGUACUCGUGCCGCUUAUCCUGCUGGUUGUUGUUCCAGGAAUUCUUCUGUUCAGGAAAAGACGUCACUCACAAGAUACAAGUCAGAGAGAGCCAGCAGUGGAGAGGGGUGAAGGUGACGCCUUAAUGAAUACUGACACAAAAUGUCUGGCGGAAAACGAACAGAACCAACAACUAAUAGAAAAAGAUACGAGUAAGAGCGAAACAACAAUGCAAAAUGGUAAAGCACUAGUAAGUACGGGAUCAAAAUGUCAUGAGGAGAAUGGAAGGAACCAAUAGAAAAAGAUAGAAAUAUGGUAAAGUAAUUAUCGAGAACAACACUGUUGUACCUGUUUUCUAAGGAUGGUAAAUGUUGUGAGGAGGAAUGGAAUCUCUGUGUUGUUGUAUACCCUGCAUGUUGAAUGUACAUUUAAUUGUGAUGUAGCUUUACUUGAUUAUCCAUUUGUAUUCAAAGUCUACUUGUUGUUUAUAUAUAUUUUUCCUUUGAAUUUUAUUAAUGUUGUGAUUUAGAAAAUUUUAAAAUUUAUGUUAUAUAGUUAUGAAUGAAGUCUUUCUCAUAUAGUAUUUUUGUGUAACAAUCUCAUACAUAUUUCAUUGCCAGUAUUUCUCUUUAAAAGUAUUUCAGACAGAUAGUCCAAAUAUCCUUGUAGAAAAAGAGAUAUAUUGGGGAUGGCAAUUUUUAAUCAGCUAACCGGUUACUCGGUCAGAACGGUGGUAACCGGUUACUCGGUCAGAACGGUGGUAACCGAUUACUCGGUCAGAACGGUGGUAAUCGGUUGCAAAAUCUGUAAUACGUUAAUCGAGAGAAAAAGAUUUUAAAAUGAGUAUAUUUGAAUGUAUCUUUUACUAAAAAAAAUUCCACUCCAUUUCUAAAAGCCCUACAUAGUGAUAUAUUUGCAUUUUCACACAUCUAAUUGGUUACUUUGGAGGUAAUCAAAGAUAUUAGUGGUACGUGAGGAAAUGUGCCAAUUACUGUUUGAACUCCGCUUCACUGCUCCAACCCUCCCGUGUUUCUUUGAUCGUGCAUAAAUGAAAAUAAAAUCAGUGUUGAAAACUUUAUUAAACAUUAUCGUGGACUGUAAACUGUUUUACGUAAUGUAGUAUGGAUCUGCACUCCUCGAUUUGUAAUUGAACAUGCUGCACUUUUCGACAUCACAUGCAUGGAAAUAUUUCAAAAGAAAUUUCUCGUCAUAAAAAAAACCCCUGAGAAGUCGCCUGUCCUCAGCUGUUGUUGAUGAAAAUAUUUUCAUGCCGCCGAGAUCGAAGAUCGAGGGAGGGGGAGGGGGCAUAUUUUUUUUGUCCUGUUAUUCUGUAAUUCCUUAAUUCUUUCAUUCUGUCUGAAACUUUAACAUUGCUAAUAACUUUUUGAUAACUUAGUAAGAGCUAGAGCUUUGAUAUUUCACAUGAGUAUUCCUUGUGACAAGACCUCUCCAUGGGUUCAAACCCUUUUGACCUUGACAUUUGACCUACUUUUAAAAACAUUGACAUUGGUCAUAACUACUAAAUGGUAAAUAUUAGAGAUUUCAUAUAGCGCUUGAUCAUUUCUUGUUACAAGAUCUUUCUACUGGUACCAAGAUAUUUGUCCUUGUGGCCUUGGCCACCUUUGGAAUUGGCCAUUAUCGGGGCAUUUGUGUUUCACAAACACAUCUUGUUUUGAACAAAAAUGGCAAAUCAAAUAUUCGUUCUGGAUAAUGAAACUUUCGAUCACAAUCAAAUAUCCAUUGUUUACCAUUUAGUUAUGUAGUGUAAAGCCCAAAAUAAAAUUCGUUUUUAUAUCGUAUAUUGGAAUUGUGUUGUCUGUCCAUCCGUCUGUAUACGCAAUGGUUUCCGGGCUCUAAAACGUUACCCUUUCGGUAACCAUAUCAUACAUAUGGACUACCCAUGGGACGAAGAUGUUCCCUAUCGAAUUUGAGGUCAAAGGCCAAGCACACUCCUGGCGAAGAGACUACGCAAGGUUUUAUCAUGCCCUUUCUUUUUUCACUCGGGAAAGAAGCAAUUUAUAUAUAUUAACAACACCCUUUGGGAGAUUGGGGUUAGCAGGGGUAUUCUUAGUGAGCAUUGCUCACAGUACCUCUUGUUCCAUUCAAAACAUGGCAUCCAUGAUGUACAUAUAUGUAUAAGGACACACUAAUCACCUGAAGUACCAAAGUCAAGACUUACCUUACCAAGCACAUUUUUUGUCUAAAAAUGUACUUUUUAAGUUUUAAAGUCUUAUUUAUAAAGUUAGAUGAAGUUAUGAAUAAAAUUCAUAAAGCCUGUCAACUGUCAUUUAAAAAUUAAGAAUUUCAUAUAGGUCAGAUCAACUCAUUGUUGGUAGACAAAUUUUCAUACAGUGAAUAAAUAGAUUCAUUAAUUUGUGUUAAUGUUUUCAACCGCCUUCAGUAAUGAAGAAUUACGCAAAAUUAUGAAGAAUAUAUCUUCAAAAUUCGUAAAUAAGAAUUUAAAAUUGUAUCCAUGGCAAACUGUAUGCUUAGUUAGGCCAGGUAGGGAUAUACUUGUUUAGAUGAUUAGUGCAACCCAAUAUAUGUCAUGGAUGCCAUAAAAACAAGUGGUUGUUUUUAUUUUGGGAUUUACGUACAAAUAAAAAUGGUAUGCAAUGCAUAUAACUAAUACUAAUCAGAUGUUAGUUUCAUAAACAGAUAACUUAUUGGAAGCAAAUAGUAUUGUUACUAAAGUGCAGAAUAAUUGUUAGCACCGGCUGAAGUUGACUUGAUAUUUCACACAUGAAUAUUAUGAAGGACUGUCCCGAGAUUCGGCGAAGGUGUCUAUCCAAAUAUCCAGCCUAGCAGAAUCUAAUUUUUGUUUCUUUUUUGUAAAAA